AUGUGCAUGCAACAUAUUCUCCUUGAAGAGGGGUCAAAGCCUUCUAGAGAAUCUAUGCAAAGGUUAAAUCCACCUAUGAUGGAAGUAGUUAAAAAGGAGAUACUGAAGCUCUUAAAUGUGGGUGUGAUUUACCCUAUUUCAGAUAGCAAAUGGGUGAGUCCAGUUCAAGUAGUUCCUAAGAAAUCAGGCAUCAUUGUGGUAAAAAAUGAUGAGGAUGAGUUAGUGCCCACUAGAGUCCAAACAGGAUGGCGAGUUUGUAUUGAUUAUAGAAAGUUGAACAUAGCAACUCAAAAAGACCACUUCCUUUUGCCAUUUAUAGAUCAAAUGCUUGAAAGAUUAUCGAGACACUCUUAUUACUGCUUUCUUGAUGGUUAUUUAGAGAACAUCAUAGAAGUGUGCAUGGAUGAUUUUAGUGUUUAUGGUGAUUCUUUUGAUAAGUGCCUCCACAACUUAACUCUAGAUCUUAAACGAUGUAUUGAGACUAAUCUUCUAUUGAAUUGGGAGAAGUGUCACUUUAUAGGGAAACAAGGUAUUGUGUUGGGGCAUGUUAUUCCUGAAAAAGGGAUUGGAGUGGAAAAGGCCAAAAUUGUUGCUUGCUGA